AUGAUUUUGGGCGGCUUGGUUCCGCCCAACGGACACCUUCUGCGACGCCCGAUAAUAGAGCUUCUGGACGAUAUUCGCACUGAUGAUGCCUAUAACACAAGCCCCUUCGUGAUUCCAAAGCAAAUGAUAUCCCAGCCGAGUACUUUGGAUGAUUCAUCGGAGAAAUCGAGGCGCCUGUCUGACAUCUGCCAUUCCGCAAUCGCACUUGUCAUAUGCAUGACAUCUCCUCUGAUGGUGGGUGAGGUGGAACUCGACGGGAGGGCACAUCAUCGUAGGGUUGUAUGUCAUCGCAACGCCCAGGACAGCGGCAACACAUAA